AUGAAAGAAAUGGACGAUUGUGUAAACAAUACAGGGGAUAAUUUCUACGGAGUUUACCUUCUAUAUUGUCUAAAUCCUCGAUAUAAGGGACGCACCUACAUUGGAUUUACCGUUGAUCCCAAUCGCCGAAUCAAACAGCAUAAUGGUGGUGUACAGAAAGGAGGUGCCUUUAGGACCAGUGGAAGAGGACCGUGGUACGUUGUAACUAGGCUUAAACUUAUAUCAUGAAAAAAAGAAAAGCAAUUAUAGGUUUAUUGUAGGAAGCUACUCUUAAGCCUCUUUAAACUUCAAUUUUUCGUUAGAGGCUUACGUUAGUAGGGAAAUAUAUACUCUAAGCAUGAUUUAUUUUUGAACCGAUUUCAAUUCCUCUUUGUAUCUUUCCAUGGAAUUUUCAAUGACCGGAGCUAGGAGUACAGAUUUUUCUAUAAAAGCCUUACUACACAUGUAUUUAUUACUUGCAGGGAGAUGAUUUUGAUAGUCCAUGGAUUUCCUAGUGAUAUAAUUGCUCUACAGGUAACAAUUUAAUUUAAAUGUCUUUUGAAAUGUUGUGGUUCAAUUUUAUCUUGGUUCGAAUUAACCACUCUAGAGAAUACCAUAACGUACCAUUUCAAAGUAGACAGACUGCAAAUUAUAUUAGUUGCUAAAAAAUAUAUAUCUACGGGUCACAAUGCUCUUUGUUUGUUGUACAAUAAGCAUUGUUUUCACAGGGGCAGAUCUAUGGGGAGGGUGCAGGGGGUGUGCACCCCCCCUCCCUGAGAUGACCUGUGGUUUUCUAAUACAACUGUUAUUCUGCAAAAAAAAAACUGUGUGGUUUAUUGGUGUUGAAGUAGAGCAAGGGACGAGUGCACCCCCUCCUAAAAAAAAUCCUGGAUCCGCCCCUGUUUCAGUUUCUCUUGGGGCCAUUUCAACUCCCAAGAGAAACUGAAGACAAUGCUUAUGCAAAAGUUUGGGGUGACAAGCAAAGAGCAUUAUGUUAUUGUACUUUCUGGAGUGGUCAAUUUUGCUUUCUUAUAUUUUGAACUUGACGUUAUCAUACAUUACCCUAACCCCUAAAGUUAAAAUUUGAACAAGGAUAUCACUGAACCAUAAUACAUAUUGCAGCAAUUUAUUAUUACUUUUUUUUUCCAGUUUGAAUGGGCAUGGCAAAACCCCACAAAAUCUAGACGUCUCCGUCAUGUUUUCAAUAAAAAGACCAAAGAGUCUUGUGUUGCCUAUCGCUUCAGAGUCCUGUCUGCAAUGCUUAAUGUUGGGCCAUGGAAUCGUCUACCUCUUACAAUAAGAUGGCUGAAACAAGAAUACCAAAUGGAGUUUGAUGUUGAACAGCAACCUCCGACCCACAUGCCUAUAGUAUAUGGACUCCUAAAUAAAAAAAAACCUAAGAAGAGAAACCAAGAGGAAUGUGAGGAGUCAAAAGAUGUUUGUAACUACAAAUGCAUAGAAUGUUCUAAAAGGAUUAAGGUACAGCCAGUUUUUUUAAAAGCAGCAAUGGUAUAAUGUGGCUAAAUGACAUGUUUUCCUUUUUGAUAGCGUACAGAAGUACCUAUGAUUCUUUGUUAUUAAAGUGUUGAUAUGGAUGUAUACUUGCAUACUGUUUUUGUACUGGUUAGGUAUUAUUUGACAGGGUGCAAAGAAAGUCAUUUUUACAGCUUGCCGUUCGGGCAAGCUGAAGCUAGCAUUUACUAGCCCAGAUGUCAUUUCAACUAGCCCCAGACGCUUUUUGACGAGCAGAAUUGAUUUCAUAGUUCUUCUGUUAUUCGAAUUGCUCAAAAAACCUCACUUGCCCGUUGGGCAAGUUAACAACAGAAUUCACUAGCCCAAUAGCAAAAUCCACUAGCCCCGGGCUAUCGGACNCAAGAAUACCAAAUGGAGUUUGAUGUUGAACAGCAACCUCCGACCCACAUGCCUAUAGUAUAUGGACUCCUAAAUAAAAAAAAACCUAAGAAGAGAAACCAAGAGGAAUGUGAGGAGUCAAAAGAUGUUUGUAACUACAAAUGCAUAGAAUGUUCUAAAAGGAUUAAGGUACAGCCAGUUUUUUUAAAAGCAGCAAUGGUAUAAUGUGGCUAAAUGACAUGUUUUCCUUUUUGAUAGCGUACAGAAGUACCUAUGAUUCUUUGUUAUUAAAGUGUUGAUAUGGAUGUAUACUUGCAUACUGUUUUUGUACUGGUUAGGUAUUAUUUGACAGGGUGCAAAGAAAGUCAUUUUUACAGCUUGCCGUUCGGGCAAGCUGAAGCUAGCAUUUACUAGCCCAGAUGUCAUUUCAACUAGCCCCAGACGCUUUUUGACGAGCAGAAUUGAUUUCAUAGUUCUUCUGUUAUUCGAAUUGCUCAAAAAACCUCACUUGCCCGUUGGGCAAGUUAACAACAGAAUUCACUAGCCCAAUAGCAAAAUCCACUAGCCCCGGGCUAUCGGACACUACUUUCUUUGCACGCUGUUUAAGGAAACAACUUAUUUAGUGACUGCUUAUAUAUUUACAAAAUAUUAUUCAGUCUAGUAAAUGAACUUACAUUCAACGAUGAGUACAUGUCUUUCACCACCAGACUAUGCUCUCAGAAGAUUUUAAGAUAGUUGAACCAGUUUCUGUUUUCUUGCAGGAUGCAGAUGAAUGCCUCUCUUGUAUCUCAGGAAGUUGUCCAAUGAAAGGUCAUUUAAUUUGCCUGGCUAAAAGGUUCCUCCUCGAUAGUGGGGAAAGUUCGUUCUUGAUACCAGUAGAAGGAGACUGCCCGUUGUGUUAUUGCACAUUCUUAUGGCAUGAUUGGUUGAAAUAUCAGAAUCAGACAGAAGAGAUGUCCAAUUUAAAUUCAGACAGUCCCCACUGGGCAGAGGCUCUUAGGGGAUAA